AUCAAAUGAUGGUAUAAUUCUGGAAAAAUCAUAGCUUUCCGUCCAGCUAUGUAAGCAUUCGAGAAGUCUUUAACAAAAAAAUUAAAUGAAUACCAUACCCAUUGACCAUUACCCAAAUUACCCAAUGAUAAAAAAGGCAUGGAAACACCAGUGACAGACAAUUCACCAUGGAGAAGGAGAACAGUUUAAAAUGACAAUUUUCACCGAGAAACUUUAUUUUAUUCUAUUUCAUACAACUCCUGUGUACGAUGGCAUCUAGUUUAGGUAGUGAUAAGAAAGGAAAACAACUGAUUGUUGUCUCGUUGCCAGAAAAUGCGUAUUAUCGCAAAAGUCUAAAGGAUAUCGAGAGUUUCAUUCGUGACAUGAGCGAGAGAAGCACAGGUCUUGACGAUGUUCUAGUCGUGUACUCGAAUGCUCUAGAAAAAGGAUACAAAACUAAUUCAACCUUACCGCUAGCGGCAAAUACAAGAUGUUUACUUGUGGAUGAAUCUUUGGAUCUUUGGAUGCGAGAUUUUUGCCCAGUCUUGCCAAAAUACCAAGUAAAAUUUAGCUACAGGCCAAAGUAUCUAAAAUCCAAAGACGCAAAAUUCGUAGAGUCGGAGUUUAUGAAAGUUUUAGGGAGAAAUAUGGACAUUUCUCUUAAGAGCAGUGACAUUGUGUUAGACGGAGGAAAUGUUGUUGACAAUAAUAGCAAUAAAGUUAUAAUUUCAGAGAGAAUUUUUGUUGAAAAUAAAGGAAAGUCACGACACGUUUUGCAACAAGAAAUAGAGAAUUUAUUAGCUGCAAAGGUUGCGUUUAUUCCAGAUCCAGAAGAUACAACAGGCCAUGCAGAUGGCAUAGUGGCAUUCAUUGAAGAGAAUGUAUUGGCAAUUGCAGACUUCGGGGAUGAGGAUGAAUAUUAUAGAGAUGUUGAAGUUGCUGUAAAGUCUGCAUUCCCCAAUGUGGAAACAUUUAGGGUGCCUUGUGGUAAGCAGGAUAGUGGAUCAGUUGAUAAAAAGUGGAAAGGAUUUACAGAUGCAACUGGCAGUUAUGUGAACAUGUUGGUCACAAAUAAUGCAAUAUAUGUCCCGCAAUACGGUCAAACUAACUAUGAUAAGCAAGCACUGGAGAUUGUCAGAUCUCACACAAGCAAGACGGUCGUACCUGUGAGUACGAAGAUGUUAUCCCAUAUGGGAGGUAGUGUGCGUUGCAUGUCUUGGCAAAUGGAAUCUUCACAUCCAGUUGCUCAAGCUUUGUACAAAAAUUCCACCAUUGGAAAAGGAUCGUAGAGAACAUAGCCAUGGGCUGUCCACUUCCUAUCAAGUGCAGGUUACUCUUCAAUGCUCGUUCACUUAGAUAUGACCACACAUAUAUUUAAUUUUUCCGUUUUAUUGCUUUGCCUUUCCUGGAGAAAAAUAAGUGGUAAAACCUUCAAACUAAUAAUUAUAUUAAUUAUUAUUUAUUUUUAAAAAUAUUUUCAACUGACAUUUUUUAAAAAUUCGUACAAACUUCUUUGCUACUAUGUUAAUUUUACAAUCAGAAAAAGAGUACAGCGGUUGAGAUUAUUUUGGAGUUACGUUCCACGAAGCACUACUACUGACACUGAGCUAUAUUAUAAUUCCCGCAGGAGAUGCAUGCAAUACUACACAAGCGCCAUAUUCAGGCAUACUGAUUCUAGGCAACCACUCCAAAUAGACUUUAAAAAAGUCUUUAUUCUUGAAUUUGCAUAUUAUAAUAAUGAAAUUGAAACCAGAAUAAUGUUAAGUUAUCGCUGAAAUUAAGCGACAAAAGCUCCAAAUAAUGUUGAGGUGGUGUUGUAAGGUCCUCAUUUUUUAAA